CAAUGGGUCUUUUCGAUAUUUUCAAGAACAAGCAUGAAUCCGCACACCAAGAUGUAUAUGGUGGUAAAAAGCACGAAUCACACUUGUCACACGAGUUGAUCGGUGGUGCUGCUGCUUUCGAAGCUGUACAUGCUUACGAGGAACACCAACGUAAAGAAGGAAAGGAAGUACACCACGAGAAAUUCAAGGAGAUUGCCGCUGGUUUGGCUGCAGCUGAGGUCGAUAAGCUCUUCGAGACUAAAGGAUUAGACCACAUCGACAAAGAGCGCGCUAAGCACCACGCUAAGCAACAAGUAGAGCAAUCCUACUAAGUAGACUUUGUAGCAUUUUGUUGAUGAAUAAAAUUUAUAUUUCCU